AUGCCGUGGACAGUCACCAAUUCUUUUAAGCGAGGCCUGAUGAAAACAUACGGAAGACCAACAUGGCGCGUCUAUGACGAUGAAAGAGCCGCGAAAAAAAGACGCGUCCAAGAUGAAUCCGGCGAGGCCGAAACCAAUCUACAGUAUGCUAUCCGUGAAUCUUCUGCAGCUGUCCUGUCUAGUCCAUCGCGCCGGAACUCGGUCGUAUUAUCUGAAGGCACGGUGGACGACAUUGACGAUCUCACCACGCCACCCUCAUCACCACCACCCCGGCUAACCCCCCCGCCCGCGAACACGCGCAAACCGACAUUUGCCUUCCUCAAGCGAAAACAUAAAGAUGUGACUUCCGGAUCACCCUUGACAGAGGUCAACUCCAAUAGCGUGCGCUCCUCCGUGGACCCGCCGAAGCAGAAGACACAGAAGUCGGCACCGUUGCGCCAGAUGCAGAUCGACUUAGGCAACGAUGUCCGCAAGACGUGUGCGACAUGUGGCAUGGAAUAUAACUCAUCCAAUACGGAGGAUGCGGCGCUGCAUAAAAAGUUCCAUGAGAUGAAUUCUACCGGGGUCGAUCUCGGCAAGGCAUUCAUGCGCGCAAAUGCUUCCCGCUGGGUUUAUGAAGCAACAAGAUUUGAGGAGGGUUAUGUGGUGAUCGUGGACCGCAAGGCAUCCCCGAGCGCAAAGAGCCAAGCGAAGAAGGUGCUCGAGGUCGUGAAUAAGGAGUUGUCAUCUCCAGAGAUUGACGAGGAAGUUCUGUGGAGUCAAACAGAGCCCCCUGAACACCGGAAGGGUCAGGAAGAUGAUGAAAAGGUCGAUCGAUACCGGGUAUUCUUGCAUAUGAAGGACAGUCGAUGUGUGGGACUCUGCCUGACAGAGCGGAUCUGGGAAUCGCAACCCGUGAUUCUCGAACCGAACGGCAACAGCUCAUCUGUGUCUGUGAAAGAUGAGCAGCACCCGGCGAUUGUGGGAGUCUCUCGCAUCUGGACCUCUGGAGCAUCUCGGAGAAAGGGCAUUGCGCUCGACCUGCUGGACUGCGUGGUCAGCAACUACAUAUAUGGCAUGGAGAUCUCUAAGGAUAAAAUUGCCUUCAGUCAACCCACUGAGAGUGGAAACCGACUGGCCUCCAAAUUCUUUCAAGAUGAGCAGACAUGGCAUGUCUAUAACGAGCGGUGA